UAUCUAGGGAAUUGAAUGGUUUGUGAAUAUUGAGAUUGAUAAAUGGCGGCAGGCGACAUUAAAUAUGUUUUUCGUUGCACAGAAAGAAUCCGACCAUCUUCUCCGACACCUCAAAAUCUCCGAAGCCACAAGCUGUCUCUCCUUGACCAGCUAAUCAAUUGCCUUUAUGCCCCCCUCCUCUCCUUCUACAACUCCUCCUCCGGCGAUCAUGAUCAGCUCAAGAAAUCAUUAUCCAGGGCGUUAUCCUACAUGUACCCUUUGGCCGGGAGGUUAAAAGACGGGAAGACAAUCGAUUGCAACGACGAGGGUGCGGACUUCGUAUUAGCCGAAGUGGAAAACAAAAUGUCGGAGGUGAUGCAGUAUCCUAGGAUGGAUCGUCUUAGGAAGUUGUUCCCAUGUAAUCCAUACCCCGAAGUUGUGGAUUCAACCAUUCCCCUUUGUGCUGUCCAAGUUACGCGAUUCUCCUGCGGUGGCUCGGCGGUGGCGAUUUGCAUUUGGCACGGCCUGGUCGACGCCCCCGGAGUCUAUGGCUUCCUCCGAACUUGGGCUGCUAUUAACCGGGGACAGGAACAAGAACAGGAUUACAAGAAUGCCGGCGGUUUGGUUGUGGACAGCAGCACAACGUUUGUACCAAGUGAUUUAUUGUUAUCUCUCACCGCGCUCACGGAUAGGAAUCACAUUAUGGUUGCAGAAAAAUAUGUAGCCAAAAGGUUUAUGUUUCGAGGAUCAACGGUUAACGCGAUCAGAGAUAGAUACACUCAGCCGGAGAUUCGUCCGUCGCGGGUGGAGGCGCUGGCGGCAUUUCUAUGGGCGGCCGUUAUAAGAGCCACAGGGGAGGUGGACCAAGAUUUCAAGACUCACACGUUGACCAUGUCCGUGGAUUUAAGAAAAAAGUUUAACCCACCAUUUCCUAUGUACUGUCUGGGGAGCAUCAAUCAAGUGGUGGGGGCGCGGUGGGAGCGCGGCGGCGACGGAAAAGAAUCAUCAUCACCGUCGGCGGUUGACGGCGGAUUCCUACUGGGAAAAGUCCGAGAAGCCAUUAGGAAGAUUGACGAUAACUACAUCAAGAAAAUGCACGUUGAGGGAGGUUAUCUCAACCAACUUAUAGCUAUAUCCAAUAAUUUGACAGUGGAUAAAAAACAUAACAAGGGUUUAAACAUCAGCAGUUGGUGCAAAAUACCAAUUUACGAGGUUGAUUUUGGGUGGGGGAAUCCGAGGUGGAUAUCCACUGUUCUUGUUCUAAAGGAUUUGGCCAUUUUUGUGGACAUGGAUGAUGGAGGGGUGGAAGUGUGGUUAGGGCUACCUCAAGGUAUCAUGAGCAAUUUAGAGAUGGACAAACAAUUUCUAGCUCAUUUAUCUUAUAGCCAAACUGUGUGGGAUUAUACUCUACACAGUGUCAUGAAAAGUAGGAUGUAAUUUGAUUAUGAUCGAAUUACAUAAAUAAAUGAUAAAUAAAUUUGGAUUUUAAA